CCGAAACGUGCUUUGUCAUAGUUUGUGCUAUGGCAAACUUAUGGGUGUGGAAAAGCAUUAAAUAAUACUGUUUAAUAACUUCAUGACUCAUCACUAGAAGCGUUUCGUUAGCUGAUCCCUAAAUUGAUUGGCUGUGAAUCUUGAAUUCACCGGUGAUUCAACAUGCAGUACUGUGAUAACAUUACCACCUGGGCCAACCUGUGGCAUGCAGAUGGCAUCAACAGGUGUUUCCUUGAAACCCUUUCCACUGGAAUUCUUCUCUCGUUCAUUGCUAUAUGUGGUAUUGUGCAGUGUGUGGUGUACGGCCGGUAUUCGAUGAGUAUUGACAAGAAGCUCGUGCGGACUAGCUUUGGCUACGUGGUCCAGAUCGCUGUUAGCACCAUACUGAUGUUUGAGCCGCUGGUUCGCAUGAUUCUUGAAGACACGAUGGUCGGUCAGUCAUCUCUCUAUGGUUACCAGGUGUUAAAUGCCGUUGCCAUGAUGGUCGCCUGGAUUUUCUCUCUACGACUUAUUGUGCUGGAACGCAAGUCUGCUCUACCGUCUGUUCCCACACGAGGACACGGUCUGGUGCUCUUGGUGUUUUGGAGUUUGGCAUUUGUGCGGGAAAACCUAGCUUUCAUCUCAUGGUGGAGUCAUUCGUGGUGGUGGUAUUUGGACAGUACCUAUGACAACAUGGAGUUUGGACUGUGGAUUGUGCGUUACGUCUGUACACUGUGGCUGUUCAUGUCGGGCUUCUGGGCUCCAGGUCUCGUGUCAUCACUUCAUUAUUCAAGGCUAGAUGCCGAGGCGGGGGAGAGGCAUGGCCAGGCAGCGUCGACAUGGUCGAACAUCCUGCAGAAGCUGAAGAUGAUGAUGCCGUAUGUGUGGCCGAAACACAACCCGUUCCUGCAGCUGACCGUCUUCUUCUGUGUCCUCAUCCUCGUGGCCGGGCGCGUCAUCAACGUCUUCGUCCCCAUCUACAGCAAGUACAUCAUAAACAGUCUGACCACAGAGAGGUCUCCGCGAGUUGCUCAGGAUGGCACGACGGUCGACCCCCCUGGAGGAAGGCUGGACUUCCGGUGGGACUUCAUCAUGAUUUACGUCGCUCUCCUCUUCCUUCGCGGCGGGGCAACAGGGACGACUGGUUUCCUCAACAAUGUUCGUAGCUUCCUGUGGAUCAAGGUCCAGCAGUAUACAACUCGCCAUAUCCAAGUGAAACUUCUUCGUCAUCUACACUCUUUGUCUCUGCGCUGGCACUUGGGUAGAAAGACAGGGGAGGUUUUGAGAGUUGUCGACCGAGGAACGAACAGCAUCAACAACUUACUGAAUUACGUGGUGUUCCAGAUCCUUCCCACCAUUGUGGAUAUUCUCAUAGCUGUCAUCUACUUCAUCACAGAGUUUGACUACAUCUUUGGCCUUGUCGUCUUUGCCUGCAUGGCGCUCUACUUAACUGUAACUAUAGUGGUGACCGAAUGGCGUACGAAGUUUCGCCGCGAGACGAACCGACUCGACAAUGAAGCGAAUGGGAAGGCCGUGGAUUCACUCCUUAACUUCGAGACUGUGAAGUAUUAUGGAGCUUCUGAUUUUGAAACCGCAAGAUAUGAUGAUGCGAUUAAAAAAUUCCAGCAAAUGGAAUGGAAGUCAACAGCCAGUCUGAAUCUGUUGAACACGGCACAAAACAUUGUUGUUACGAUUGGUUACAUGUCUGGAUCGUUACUCUGUGCGUACGCUGUGGUCUAUGGGUUAAACAACCUGCAUCUGACGGUGGGAGAUUACGUUCUCUUUGGAACAUACAUUGCUCAGUUGUAUGCCCCACUCAACUGGCUCGGAACCUACUACAGGAUGAUACAGCAGGCUUUCAUUGAUAUGGAGAACAUGUUUGACCUGUUACAGGAGGACCAGGAGGUCAAAGAUAUACCAGAUGCCAACAAUAUUGUGAUAAAACAUGGAGAAAUAGUGUUCAAAAAUGUGUGUUUCCAUUACGAGCCUAGCCGUCCCAUUUUGAAAAACAUAACUUUUGUUGUUCCAUCUGGUCAGACAUUUGCUUUGGUGGGCCACACUGGCAGUGGGAAAAGCACCAUUGUUCGUCUUCUCUUCCGGUUCUACGACGUCACAUCUGGAGUUAUUAAAGUAGAUGGACAAGACAUUUCACUUGUUACACAGCAGUCACUACGAGAACACAUUGGUGUUGUGCCUCAAGAUACAGUGCUAUUCAACAGUGAUAUUAGAUAUAAUAUUCGAUAUGGGAAAGUUCAGGCUAGUGAUGCAGAUGUUGAAGAGGCGGCCAGGUCAGCAGACAUCCACAACAGAAUCAUCUCAUUUCCAAAAGGAUAUGAAACAUUGGUGGGAGAAAGAGGCUUGAAGCUGAGUGGUGGAGAAAAACAGCGCGUGGCCAUUGCCAGGACGAUACUUAAAGCUCCUGACAUUGUGAUGCUGGACGAGGCAACAUCUGCACUUGAUACGAAAACUGAACGUAAUAUCCAGGAUGCCCUGGCAAAAGUGUCUGAAAACAAAACGACCAUCGUAGUGGCACACAGAUUAUCAACAGUCAUCAAUUCAGAUCAAAUUCUCGUUCUCAGUGAAGGAGAAAUUGUGGAGCGUGGCACUCAUGAAGAACUAAUUGAAAAAGAUGGUGUGUAUGCUGACAUGUGGAGACAACAGCAGACAAAACGAGAAAAUGAAGAAAAUGACGACAAUGCUGAAAAUGCCUCCGUUAGUAGCGAGAAACCAGCCAGUUGAUGAAAACCGACAGUUUCCUGGCCAGCAUUAAGUCUUAACAGUUAACGGAAACAAUAACAGGUUCCUGAUGUGUAAUAAACUGCUGAUGGAAAUAAUGGAAUUUCUAAUUAGUUUUGAGAAAAUGAUCUGAUGAAAACGGAGAAAUGUCUAGUAUUUUGAGUGAAUAGAAAAAUGAACUUU